CUCUCUCUCUCUCUCCCCUCGAAGAACCAGAGUCGCACCUACACCUGCCACCCCCAAAGCCAUACCCACAUCAUCAUCAUCAUCAUCAUCAUCAGGGUCGAGCCAUGGAGUUCACGCCGGGCGAGUUGAUCCAGUUCAACGGCACGGACCCCUCGAAGCCCAUCUACGUGGCCAUCAAGGGCCGGGUCUUCGACGUCACCGCCGGCAAGUCCUUCUACGGCCCCGGCGGGGCGUACGCCAUGUUCGCCGGCAAGGACGCGAGCCGGGCCCUCGCCAAGAUGAGCAAGAACGACGAGGACGUCACCCCUUCCCUCGACGGCCUCUCCGACAAGGAGAUCGGCGUCCUCACCGACUGGGAGAAGAAGUUCGAAGCUAAGUACCCUGUCGUAGGUCGCGUCGCCUCUUGAGUCUUUGGAUCUUUUGAUCGAUUAGUUAAUGCUCGUUAUGUGUUCCCUUGUCUUGUUAUUACUGGGAGUUUACCCGUGUGGUGUAAUAAGGAUGUUGUGUCCUUUGAUGGUGGAACAUGUCUCGAGACAUUAAGUGGAUAUGAUGGAUGGAUGUUGGAUAUGGAUUGUAAUAAUCUUAGGCUUUUGAUUGUUAAGUAAGAUUUUGUGCUAGUAGGAAAAUAAAGAAGAUGUUGUAUGGUA